AUGCAUUUUUCCAAGAGUGUUAUCGCCGUCACGGCUUCCCUUGUGUCCGUUGGUCUCGCCGCCGACCCUCUAUCCUUCACUUCAUGGCCCAAGGAGCCCCUUGAAGCUGGCAAGCCGGUCACCCUUACAUGGACUGGUGCCACUGCUGAUGUGCCUGUGACUAUCCUCCUCCGCCAAGGUUCCUCUGGUAACCUGCAAGAUGUCAAGCCGAUCACUGGCGAUGCCAAGGGCGGCAGCUUCACCUGGACUCCUGAUAGCGAUAUCAAGAACGGCAAUACCUACGCCUUCCAGAUCAGGCAGAAGGACCAGACUAACUAUACCGCUCUGUUGAAGUCGGCCGGCAAGCCCGGCGCUGAAAUCCCCGAAGUUAAGGAUGCCACCUCCGAGACUAGCAGUGGUACUACUACUGCUGCUAGAACAGGUACCACCACCGGCACUACCCACACUACUGCUGCCCAUCACACCCAUACCACUGGUGGUACCACCGAGGCAACCCAAGGGACCCAGACCACAAUGACCAGCACUGCCAGCAAGGCCCUCAUCAGCUCUGCUGCCGGCCCAUCUGGUAGCCCUUCUAGCUCUGCCGCUGCCAGCUCAACAGAUAAGCCGAUGUUUACUAGCACUGAGAUUGUCAAGGGCAAGAAAGCAUCCUCCACCGCAAGCGCGCAGACUGGCGCAGCUUCUAUCCCGCAAUACUCCGUACAAUUGGUCAUGGGUAUUGCAGGUCUCUUGGCCUACCUUGUCUAG